AUGAUUGAACAAAUAAAAUACAGAACAACAACAUUUAGCAGAAAUCCAUAUUUAUUACCUCUGUUAUCGGCAAAUUCUUCAUCAAUUAAAACAGAAGUCGAUGAUAAUGAAAAGAUUGAAUUAAAAGAUUAUCGAUAUUUGACAACAAAAUCUCAUCAAACAACUUAUACGCAACAACAUACAGAUUCAUACUAUCGACAUUUAUCGAAAAUAAUGUCGGACAGUUUAUCAUCAAAAAUAUCAUUGAGUCAUAAUCAUGAUAAUAAUAAUGAUGAGAAAUCAAAUGAUAAUAGUUAUUAUUUAGAAAAAUCAAAUCAUUACUCAAUAGUUCAAUCACCACCACGGAAAAAAUUGAAAUUUGGAGUUGAUGCAAUACUUGGAAAUAAUAGACAAUCCGAUACUGGAAUCGACGAUUCAUCAGACAGUGAUGAGGACGAACAAGAGAGAGAACUCAGACGAAAAAUAAGAGUAAGAACUGAAUCACCUUUAUCAUCAACAUCUAUAUCAUCUGGUGAACGAACACUGUCUUCCCCAAAAGAAGUAUUUCAUGAGAACAAUGAAUUAAUCCCACAUUCUCUUACUCCUUCAACAAAUGUAUCGUUGUCUCAAUUAUCAUCUUAUCCACAUCAGAAUCCAUCCUCCCAUAAUUUAUCUCAAUAUCCAUACAGUAUACCAUCAUUGCCAAAUGGUCAUCAUAUAAACACGUACAAUACAGGUGCAAAUGAUCUUUUACACGAUCGUUUUCUCUCCCAAUUGGGUCGACCAUCACCACCAUCAUCCUUCGAUACUUCGACACAACAUAACAGUUGGAAACCACCGCUACGUUCAUUUAUCGGUAAUCAACAUAGCUAUUUUUCACAUCAUCCAGCCGCCAAUUUGUAUUCAUCUAUGAAUUCGAUAUUUUGGCCAUUGGGUUUGAGAACAAAACCCCGACGAGGCAUGCUUCGACGAGCAGUAUUCUCUGAUCAACAACGAAAAGGUUUAGAAGUGGCAUUUUCAAAACAAAAAUAUAUUAGUAAACCGGAACGAAAAAAAUUAGCACAACGUUUAGCACUAAAAGAUUCACAAGUUAAAAUUUGGUUUCAAAAUCGUCGUAUGAAAUGGCGUAAUACAAAAGAGCGUGAACUUUUAACAACAACAGUGAAUAAUAAUCAACCAUCUUUAACAACGAAUGAAUCCACAAAUAAUUGUGACCUCAAACAUUCUGUAGAAACAAAAACAUUCUCUUCUUCGCAUGAUUCGUUAUGCAGCAUAAAACCAUCGUCAUUGUCAGACUUCUGCGAAUGUAACAAGGAUGAAAAUAAUAAAGAAGCUCACACACUUGUUGCCAGUGGUGAGAUUGAUUUACAAAAAACAUCAAAAAUACUUCGUCAAGUUUCUUAUCAUGAUCGUUCGCCAUUCCACAAUGAUCCACAAGAUCAACGGUGA